UCGAUAGUUAAUUUUAUCGAUAAGCUGGUAGGUGAUUUUGUUUUUCUUUUUUUUUCUUAGAAAGGAAACGUGUUUAAUAUUUAAAACUCCCAAUUAAAAUGCUGCCGAAAACACCAAAACCUGCCAUUUGGAAAUUCAUCAAAGGAAGUGCCAAAACACUGUUUGUCCUCGAGGCAGUUUGCUUUGCAGCCAGCUACGGUGUUUAUUAUCGCAUGAACACAAAUCGAGAGUUUCGCCAGCACAUUCACGAGAACUAUCCCUUCGUCUUGGACUAUUACUAUAAAAUCGGUGAAAUCGUGGGAGACAGCACAGUGCGACAGGCGGAUGCGAAUUAUUGGAAACAUUUAAAGAAAAGCGACUAGAAGAUACCGCUGUCAAAAUGCUUAGUAAUCGCUAUUUUAAGUCCAUUUUGUGGUUAAUUGGCUUCGGAGGAAUGGGCUACGGCUUAAUGCUGCUAACUGAGCCGAACGUCGAGAAAAUAGAGCGCAUCAAAGCCUCAGUUUCAAGUACCAAACUGAGUGAAGAUGAUCAGCGAAAGGCUUUGUUUAUGAAGAAGUUGCAGGAGGCGUCCACUACCAGUGCCCCAAUCUACAGUUCAUCGGCAGACAAAUAGGAUAGUUAGAUUUAUUGUCAGCAAUUUAUCAAUUUGUUAUACUUUUUAAAUAUAAAUGUUAAG